AUGGCUACUCCAAAAACUGUCAAAUCUUGCACCCCUAAGAAACUCUCCAACAACCCCAUUUCAGUUUCCAAGGUCAGGGUCAUCGUGAGGGUCAGACCCUUCCUUGCUCACGAAAUCUCAGCAAAAAAUGGCGACCCAAUUUCGUGUAUUUCCGUCCUCGACCAAGAUUUUGAGUCCCCAGAAGAAGAAGUAGCAGUUUAUCUCAAAGACCCACAAACCAGCCGAAAUGAGUGCUACCAGUUGGAUUCUUUCUUUGGCCAAGAAGAUAACAAUGUGGGUCAGAUAUUCUGCAGAGAAGUAAGUCCCAUGAUACCAGGGAUCUUCAAUGGCUCCAAUGCCACGGUGUUUGCUUAUGGGGCUACUGGCAGUGGGAAGACAUACACCAUGCAGGGAACUGAGGAACAACCUGGCUUGAUGCCACUGGCAAUGUCCAUGAUCCUGUCUAUUUGCCAAAGCACUGGCAGCAUAGCACAGAUUUCAUACUAUGAGGUCUACAUGGACAGAUGUUACGACCUUUUGGAGGUCAAAGCAAAGGAGAUUUUAGUUUGGGAUGACAAAGAUGGGCAAAUUCACCUCCGGGGACUAUCUCAGGUUCCCAUAAACACAAUGUCUGAAUUUCAGGAGGUUUUCUCCUGUGGAAUUCUUAGACGUAAAGUUGCACACACAGGCCUCAAUGAUGUCUCUAGUAGGAGUCAUGGAGUGCUUGUGAUAUCUGUAUCCACUCCUUCUGUGGAUGGCACAGGAGAUGCUGUAUGUGGAAAGUUGAAUCUUAUAGACCUUGCAGGUUACUGCUUUCUACUCAAUUGGGGUCAUGGAUUAGAUGUCUUGCAAGCAUAUGAUUAUGCUUAUGUGUUUAAGAUUGAAUCAGGUAAUGAAGACAAUAGAAGGACCUGCAAUGAAGGGAUUCGUCUCCAAGAGAGUGCCAAGAUAAACCAGUCCUUGUUUGCACUGUCAAAUGUUAUAUAUGCAUUGAACAACAACAAACCUCGAGUACCCUACCGAGAAAGCAAAUUGACCCGUAUAUUGCAGGACUCUCUAGGUGGAACUAGUCGUGCACUGAUGGUUGCUUGCCUGAAUCCAGGAGAAUACCAGGAAUCUGUUCAUACUGUUAGUUUGGCUGCUCGAUCAAGGCAUGUCACCAAUUUUGUACCUUCAGCUCAUAAACAAGAGACCCCAAAAGUUAAAGUUGACAUGGAAGCCAAAUUGAGAGCUUGGCUAGAAUCAAAAAACAAAACAAAGAGCUCACAAAGACUCGGAACAUUUAAUUCUCCACUUUUCAAAAAAACUCCCAGUUCCAUCAUUACCCCUGCUAAGAGAUGCGUUAACUUUAAUAGUUCAGUGAAGGGGGGAAGAACUGCCAUCAACCAAGAUGCUCAGCAUACAAAUGAAAGGGCCUUUGCUGUGGCUUUUGGAAAUUUACUAGAUGGUGAGGGUCCUUUUGAUUCUUGCAUGGAGGGCGCACAUUGUGGUGUUAAGGACAAUAAUAACUUAGAGACUGACCAUGAUGCCACUAAGGCUGCAUGGGAAUCAUAUAAAGAUCUACCUGUUGAGUCAUUAAGUAAAGGGGUGAACUCACCAAUUACAAAUGAGAGUAAAAAUGCGGUACAAAGUCCUUUAAGAAAAGCCCUCUCCCCCAUCAACAUCAAUGGUAAUAAUCAAAAGCCCCUUGAGGCAUUGUCUUUCACACAAACACCUUUUUCUGAAACCUGCUCCACUAAUAAAGGGAUACAGAAGAAUGGCACUCCACUUGACAAAUUCAGUACACGAAGUUCUACACUGAAGAACUGUCUAGUCCAAGAAUACAUUGAUUUCUUAAAUAAUGCAAGCAGAGAGGAAUUGCUAGAGUUGAAGGGCAUAGGAGAGAAAAUGGCAGAAUACAUAAUAGACCUUAGAGAAGAAAGCCCUCUAAAAUCGUUAAAUGAUUUGGAGAAAAUUGGCCUCUCUUCCAAGCAGGCCUAUAACCUGUUCACUAAAGCUGCUAAAAAACUAUUUGAAGAUAAAGAAGAAGAAUCAAUACUCAUUUGA